AUGCGUUUCUCCGUCGCAGUCUCCGCUCUCUUCGUCCUCAUGGGCUCAUUCGUCAGCGCCGACCUUCACAAAGAGGGCCUCUGCAUCGACAAGAUUGGUGGCCAGUACGUGUACAACGCCGACGCAACAAAGAAGGCAUGCGACGCAUACCUGAACCGAAACACCGGAGAUAAGCAAUGGGACAAAUGCCCUGACUGCAAGAUGACCGAAGUCGGCAAGCUGAACCUUUGCCAAUCGCUGGAGAACCAUAUUGGUGGUGAUGAGUUGAACUACUACUGCACGCAAAACGGCGCCGGCGACUCAUUGGCAUCCUAG